GGUCGACAGCACAAUACUUGAAAUCGUGCCAGAAGGCUUAAGGCACAUGGAUUCACAAGGAGAAAAACAUUUGGCGGGAAAGCCGGCGCCACCUCAAGCUGCUGGCGCGCUAUGUCUCCUUUUCACUGGGGGUACCUUCCGCGGCCGAUGUGUUGUGAUAACGCAUGCCAUGGUCGAGCAUGAGUGGCAAAACUACUCUGAGUGCCUGGAGGUUCAGUUUCCGCUUCGGAUAGCAGCUCAUACGUCUGUGUAUUGGGGUGCUUCUGCUUUGGGGCAGCUUAGCAUAGCUCUGGCCUUUGGUGGCUGCGCAGUGCUAUGUGAAGCGCGAGAUACAGAGGACUUCAGAAGAAUCAUCAAAGAUCAGGCCGUAAACACGAUUGGGCUUGUGCCAGAUCAGCUGAAACUUCUGGCUGAUGAUCCGUGCGUGGAGCUCCAGGAUAUAGAGGCAGUUUUCAUUUGGGGUGAGAAGCUCCCCGUCAAUGUCGCCCAAAGGUGGUCCCACCAUCCAAAAGCUAAAUUGAGAGAGCUUUUAGUCUCCACUGAAUACUGGCUCUCUUUUUAUUCUGCUCCACUGGAAGGCAUUGGCCGACACAAGAUUGUCAAAGGAGUUGAGAUAUUGAUUGUUGAUGAACUUGGACAACCUGUUCAGGAUGGAACUGGGGAGCUGCUGAUUCAUGGAAAAAUGGUUACUGCUGGCUUGGUAGGGCCUGAGACUUCAGAAACCACUUCUUCCUUCACAGAGAUAGACGGCAAGCGUUAUUUCCGCACACGUGACUUGGUACAAAAGUGGCCAGACGGUACUCUGGAGUUUCGAGGUCGAGCUGACAUGACCAUGAAACAGGGUGGUCAAUGGGUUGACUUAGUUUCAGUGGAAAGCAAACUACAACAGCUGCAUGGUAUUGAAGAGGUGGCAGUGCUGUCAGAUCCAGGUGGAAGUAGCAUGUUGCAUGCUUUUCUUGUCCUGAAGGAUACUAGUGAAGAAGAGCUUGUGAAUGUAUCCCAAGAAGCACGCCGCUUUCUGCCUCGCGGAAGAAUACACACCCUGUGUAGUUUGCCGAGACAUCAUGUGACUCGAAAAGUAGAUCUCCGCAAGCUUGCUGAGUUGGCAAAAGGCCAUGCAGAAAGUUGGCCGUUAAAUCCAGAAUCGAUCCCAUCUCAGCUGAUCAUCGACCGUGCGAGGCAGAAGGUCAGAGAACAUUUCUGCUGGACGCUUUUGGCAUUGUUGACAGCACUCCUUUGGGAUUUCAAGUCCUUCAUUAGGCUCAAACGGCCUUCUGCAUCUGCCCUUGGGCUGCUUCUCUUGCCGUAUAUGCACUUGGGCUUCUUGCAUGCAGUAGAUGCAGACAGCUCACUUGGCACUUGUGCAGUUGCGUUGUCGGAAGUCCUAUGGGCAUUUGGGGAGCAAUGUUUUUGUCAUUUCUCUCUCGAGGAGCUGUCGAGUGGUGGUUUGACAACAAAAGCGCAUGGAACAUUGGCCUUUCCAACAGAUACAUGGGAUUCAGUCAACUUCUGCAUUUGGCACCCAAUCUUUUUGUAGGCCUUUGGGCUGGAUUUGGAGCUUAUCACAGCAUUCGAAGAGGUCGACUCCUAGCAUAUCCCUUGGUCUUUUGGUCUGGCAUUGGGCAUCGUUUGCAGUAUGACUUGGAAAGAUGGUGCACCAUCCGGUACUGGAAGUGGUACAUCUUCGAUGUCGUAGCUGGCGCACCAAAGUGGAUCUUCCACAGGUUCUUUCCACAAGCAGGUAGAAGAGAUGAACUUCAAGGAGUACAGAAUGGAGAGGCAGCUGAGGCAGCUGAGGCAGCUGAGGCAGCUGAGGCAGCUGAGGCAGCUGAGGCAGCUGCACCAACUGAAAAUGUGGAGGCAGAAGUGGCAGAACUCAUAUGCUCAUUUUGCAGCAGAAGAAUGGUUGCUGCAUGGCCUCCCCCAUUGAUAGCCGAGAAGUUUCCUCUUCUGCCACCUGCUAUAGUGAAUGGAUGCAACGAUAGGAACGGUGCACCUGUUUGUUGGUCCUGUUGGGUUCCAGCUUCCGCAGCCGCUGAGACAGAGUGUCGCUCGUUGGCAGAGCAGCUGCUGAAGGAUGAGGACAGCGCUGAGAAAGAGACACAUCGAGAAGGAGAACAAGGGGUCGAAGGAGAAAGUGAGGAUCAAAUUUGGACCCCAGAAGAAAAGAAUCAGUAUGAUCGGUGGUGGUGGAAGAACAAAACAGUGGAUUAUGUAGAAUUGAAGCAGUCGGCAGAAGAACUAAAGCAGUCGGCUGGUUUUGCGGCGCCAGUUCUUGCAGACAUCAAAGACCCCCAGCAAAGGAAGGUCUACAAGAUAGUGCAAGAUGUUCUUCGAAUGCAAGUGACAGAUAACAUGUCGUUCCAUGGCCUGGACAGUCUGGUGCUUGGUUCACUUCUUUUGAGACUCAGGGCUGAAUUUGGCAUCAGCUUGAGUAUUUCUCAACUUCGAAAUGCAUCGCCUCAAGAGCUCCCACAGGUCCUGGAACAAGCCCUGGAACUGCAACCGCAUUCGCAAAAUGGAACACACUCUGGAAACGUGGAUUCCGACCGUGAAUAUGCGGUUUGGUUUUCUCCAGGACAGUACUUUCCAAUGGGAGGCUGGGUGCUUCGGAAGGACGGAGAAAUUUGUUGUGACAAGCUGGAAAAGGCUGCAUCGGAGGUCAUUUCCAGGCACAAUGCUCUGAGAGCCUUUCCUGCAGACCCCCUUCGUUUGUUGUCCUUCAUUUUGGACACAGCGGUGUUGUUCACCUUGGUGAGUAGAUUGCUGGACCGUAAUCCUGUGACACGUUGGAUAAGGCAAAGCAUCUCUUGGGCCUUGAAAAGUUCCUGGGCGAGAGUUGUGGUGAGAGCUCCGGAGGCUCUUUAUGGCCCAGGGCUUCAGCGUCCGUUGGUGCAGAUUUCUGUUACAGAUCAGCAAGCUGCCGAGCAUCAUCUGAAGCAUCGUCGCCAGAUCUUGUCACAGACUGGCUCUCCAGUUGACAUUGCUUUGAUUCAGCUUCACGCAAGACUUGAAGGUCUUUGGGUGUAUGGAGCAAAUGGGGGCAUGGGUGACUUUUGCAUUCUUGCAUCCAAAAAGAACUCGCUCGGCGAGUCCGAACUGCUGUUGGUUGACAGAAAUCGAAAAGAAGCGGCACGUCUGUGUGGGCCCACAGAUUCGGGAUGGAUACCCCCGCCAUAUGGUUUUCCUGCUUUAUUGUCAGGCCGCCUUCACCCGGCAGAAGCUGGUUGCGAUGGUGGCGGAGUGAUCUGGUUGCGACUGAAGGCAUCCAAUCACUUGGCCAUUUUAUGGAGGAAAUCAGCUUCAGCGAAGCCUCGUCGCUAUGAAGCCUUCCACAUGCCUGGAGAAGAGCUUCGUCACAGAGUCUUCAACUAUUUAGUGGUUCACGCGAUGCAUAUCAUUGCCGAUGGACAAAGCUACGAGGCCAUAGUUGGAGACCUCCUUUCGCUGUACUCUGACAUGAAAGUACCUCCAAUCCUUUCCAAUGGCCUCAGCAUUUUGCAGACACGUUUGUUUGAUGCUUUGGAUGCCUCAGAGGUUGGGAAAAAUCCCCAAUUGUGCUCAUUGCGUGGGAGCCAAUGGAGGUGCACCAAGACGGGAUAUGGCCACAUUUUGGGUUUCAGGAAGUCGGUGUUGUCUUCCUUGCGCAGAGUGGCCUCCAGGCACUCUGUUCCCUUUGAUGCAGCUUUACUUGCCUUGACAGCCAUUGCUGUAGCAAGUGCCACCGGCGUUGAAGAGUUGGAAUUCACUUUGUAUGUUCCUUUGCGCGAUGGUGUCGGUGAAGCUGGUUUGUGUGGUCUCUUUGCUGACUGGCGUGUGCUUUCAAUUGAAGUAGACAAAGCAACUGCUACGGUGCUAGGUGUUAUUCAACAAGUUGGCCACAAAAUCCGCUGUCGGCAAUGGAAGGUCUACAAUGCACUGGAAAAGCCUGAAGCAAUGAUGGUGAAUUUCCAGCUCUUGGAUUCGGCAGAACCAUCAAGUAGAGCUGGCUUUACACAACUAGGUGAGGAGCUGUGGCGCAUAGGCGAGUGCAUGAAGGAGGAUGUGCGUAACAACGACCCACUGCCACGUAUUCCCCAGCCAAUGUCCUUCGUCAUUGAGGAAGGCGACAAGGAGACAUGGUGGCUGCUGAUUAAUUGUUGCUAUCGGGACUAUCCACCUCCAAUUUUACGCCGGAUGCUGAAAGCCUUUCAGGAUGCAGCAGAAGCUUUUGUCAACAAGCCAACUGCCAAAGCGCAUAUCUCGUUUCCUGAUAAUUUCUAUUGAUGUUGAAUUCCCAUGAUUCCCAUGGUAUGCAACAUGACAACUGGUUCUGUUGCUGGCCGGAACUUUGAUAUUCUAACUGCUUUCCGAAGCAAAA